UAGGGGCGGUUGUACAAGGAGACAGGCAGCACAGGAGGGCGAAGCUCAGAGUCAGGAAGCGCAGGUGAUUGUCACUUGUGGAACCUGGAGCCACAGGGCAGGGACAGCGUUAGCAGGACCCUCCCUGACCUGCCUGCGUGGAAUUGCAGCAUCCCUCACCUGAUCCUACCGCUUGGGUGCCUGUAUGUGCUCGGGGUUUGGCUGCCUGCCCUCUGAUGCCCCCUGCCCGUGCCCCCACCCCAUGUAGCAGAAACCGGACCAUGGUGAAUGAGGCUCGAGGGAAUGGCGGCCUCAACCCCCGCUCAGAGGGCAGCAGCAGUGGCAGCGAGAGUUCCAAAAAUAGCUCGAGGUGUUCCACCCCUGGCCUGGACCCGGAGCGGUGCGAGAGACUGCGGGAGAAGAUGCGGCGGAGGAUGGAGUCUGGGGACAGGUGGUUCUCCCUGGAGUUCUUCCCGCCUAGGACUGCUCAGGGGGCUGUCAACCUCAUCUCCAGCAGGCGGCCCCCUCUUCAUAGACGUGACCUGGCAUCCGGCAGGAGACCCCGGCUCAGACAAGGAGACUUCCUCCAUGAUGAUCGCCAGCACUGCCGUCAACUACUGUGGCCUGGAGACCGUGCUGCACAUGACUUGCUGCCGGCAGCGGCGGGAGGACAUCACAGGCCACCUGCAUAAAGCCAAGCAGCUUGGCCUCAAGAACAUCUUGGCGCUGAGAGGAGACCCCAUCGGUGAGCAGUGGGAGGAAGAAGAGGGAGGCUUCAACUACGCCGUGGACUUGGUGAAACACAUCCGAAGCGAGUUUGGGGAUUACUUUGACAUCUGUGUGGCAGGUUACCCCAAAGGCCACCCCGACGCAGAGAGCCUGGAGGCCGACCUGAGGCACCUCAAGGAGAAGGUUUCCGCGGGCGCUGAUUUCAUCAUCACACAGCUCUUCUUCACGGCAGACACGUUCUUCAGCUUUGUGAAGGCUUGCACCGAGGUGGGCAUCACGUGCCCCAUUCUGCCUGGCAUCUUUCCCAUCCAGGGCUAUCACUCCCUCCGGCAGCUCGUGAAGCUGUCCAAGCUGGAGGUGCCUCAGGAGAUCAAGGACGUGAUUGAGCCGAUCAAAGACAACGAUGCCGCCAUCCGCAACUAUGGCAUUGACCUGGCCGUGAGCCUGUGCCAGGAGCUCCUGGCCAGUGGCCUGGUGCCUGGCCUGCACUUCUACACCCUCAACCGUCAGGUGGCCACCACAGAGGUGCUGAAGCGCCUGGGCAUGUGGACUGAGGACCCCAGGCGUCCCCUGCCAUGGGCUGUCAGUGCCCAUCCCAAGCGCCGGGAAGAAGAUGUGCGUCCCAUCUUCUGGGCCUCCAGACCCAAGAGUUACAUCUACCGCACCCAGGAGUGGGACGAGUUCCCCAAUGGCCGCUGGGGCAACUCCUCUUCCCCAGCCUUUGGGGACCUGAAGGACUACUACCUCUUCUAUCUGAAGAGCAAGUGCCCUAAGGAGGAGCUGCUGCAGAUGUGGGGGACCGAGCUGACCAGCGAGCAAAGCGUCUUUGAAGUUUUUGUUCGCUACCUCUCGGGAGAGGAAAACCAGCAUGGCUACAAAGUGACGUGCCUGCCGUGGAAUGACGAGCCCCUGGCGGCCGAGACCAGCCUCAUGAAAGAGGAGCUGCUGCGUGUGAACCGACAGGGCAUCCUCACCAUCAACUCCCAGCCCAACAUCAACGGGAAACCAUCCUCCGACCCCAUCGUGGGGUGGGGCCCCAGCGGGGGCUAUGUCUUCCAGAAGGCCUACCUGGAGUUCUUCACCUCCCGCGAGAUAGUAGGGGCCCUCCUGGAGGUGCUGAAGAGGUACGAGCUCCGGGUUAACUACCACAUCGUCGACGUGAAGGGUGAGAACAUCACCAACGCGCCUGAGCUGCAGCCCAACGCGGUCACCUGGGGCAUCUUCCCGGGGCGAGAGAUCAUCCAGCCCACAGUGGUAGACCCCGUCAGCUUCAUGUUCUGGAAGGAUGAGGCCUUUGCCCUGUGGAUUGAGCAGUGGGGCAAGCUGUACGAAGAGGAGUCCCUCUCCCGCACGAUCAUCCAGGACAUCCAUGACAACUACUUCCUGGUCAACCUGGUGGACAAUGAGUUCCCGCUGGACAACUGCCUGUGGCAGGUGGUGGAAGAUGCUUUCAAGCUCCUGGGCAGGCCCAUGCGACAGGAAGCAGGAGCAGAGGCUCCGUGACCCUCGGCUGCGGCCGCUUGGCCCCACCUCCAUCCUUGUCACAGCUUUCCUUCAGCCGUCCCCAAACCCUGGUCUCUGCUUCCCUCGUGAUGGUCAUGAUGGCAGCUAGAUUGGCCUGGGCCUUCAGGCUCUGGCUGGACCGGAGCCAGCCCUGCAGGAAG